GCCAUCUUUCUUUAGACUUCCUGCUUUGAUCGUGCUGUAUCGGGGAGAAUUCAGUAGGUUAAUUUUUAAGAAAUGCCGCCAAAAAGAGGAAAAGUACAAAAAGAAGAAGUUCAGGUUUCUCUUGGACCUCAACUUCGCGAUGGUGAAGUUGUUUUCGGCGUCGCUCACAUUUUCGCGAGCUUUAAUGAUACUUUCGUACAUGUAACUGAUCUCUCUGGGAGAGAAACUAUUGCCCGAGUUACUGGUGGAAUGAAAGUUAAAGCAGAUCGUGAUGAAGCUUCUCCAUAUGCUGCUAUGCUUGCUGCUCAAGAUGUGGCAGAAAAGUGCAAAUCCCUGGGAAUUACAGCACUUCACAUUAAAUUGAGAGCUACAGGAGGAAAUAAGACGAAAACACCUGGCCCAGGAGCACAAUCCGCAUUACGCGCGCUUGCUCGUUCUAGUAUGAAGAUUGGUCGUAUCGAAGAUGUCACACCAAUUCCAUCUGACUCGACGCGUAGGAAGGGAGGUCGUCGUGGACGCAGACUGUAAAUUGUGGUUCUAUGUGUGGUUUAUUAACUUUCAAAAAUAAAUAUUAAAAAAAAGAAA